AUGGAUUCAUUUGUGUUGGCAAAUACUCCCCAAUCUAGGUUUACUUAUAUUUGUAAAGAGUUAGAUGGGUUGUUGUUAGAUAAAAAGGGAAUACGCACAGUUGAUAUUGAAUGUUGUUCAUUUGAGCUAUAUUUAUGUCAUAGUUGUAAUAGUUCGUUGCAGCGUUCUGUUAUGCCUCGUCUGGCAUUGAAUAAUUUUUUGUAUCGAGGCGAGUUAAUUGAUGAAUUGAAAAAUGUUACAUGGGUGGAGGAAAUGGCAUGCAGUUUAUAUCAUACAACCGCACAUGUAUCACGUAUUUAUGGUUCAUCAGAUGAUUCUGAUCCUUUGCAAUUACAUGGAAAUGUUUGUGCACAUCCUUUGAACAUUUGUUCUAUUGCUAAGCGAUUGCCAUGGAGUCCAGCAGAUUUGAAUGAUCUGAUAACAAUAGUAUUUGUGAGCAAGACCAAAUUACGUUCACAAGAUUUGCAAAAACUUAAACCAUAUUUUGUGAGACGGCGUAUAAUUCGAAUGCUAUUGUCUGAAUUAUAUAAACAUAAUCGUCUUUAUGCUGGAAUGAAUGUGAUGGAUAACAGUACUUUGUCAAUGUAUCCUGAAAAUGGUUUAUUGCCUGGUUUGGAAGAGAGAAUUGUAUACGAUCAUGAA